GGCACUUUUACCGGCCGGGCCUUAGAGCGGAGCCUGUAGCCGGGCGCCAUCUUUGACGCUGGCAGUCUUGGUUUUCUGCGAGUGCUGCUGCUGCUGGGAGGACGACGGACGGCAGCGGCCAAGCAAGAAGAAAGACGUGGCAGCAAGCGGGAGUCGGGGAUAGUGUCAUCGGUUCGGGUCCCACGACUUUGGAGCUUGUCUCAAACUCCACAUACAGAAAGCCACCGACCUUAUUCCGGUAUCCUACACCCAUUCCCCACCCUCAUUACACUCCCACCCCUGGCCCUCAGCGUGGGAGUCAAGAGCAACAGGGACACUUCCGUACUCCUUGUAGGAUUGGUGAAACCGUAAUGAAGAACACCCCUAAACUCCCAUAAUCGGUGCGGAUUCCUGUGGGGAAGGCCUAUAGUGUUGACAUCUUCCAGGCCUUGGUUCUGGACCUUGAGAAGGAGGCUGUGGAACUAGAGAUAGCGAUGCUUUUUAGGAUUUGGGGAUAUUCCCUGCCCAAAAAAUUCCUGGAAAAUUGACUAGUAUUAAGUGCGUAAUAGAUUGGAACUCAGUGAAGACACAGACGUUCCUGUUGAGAGCAACCAGCUAAUGAUUACAGUUUAAAGACAAUUUCUGUGAUCAAGUUGUCAUUUGGAAGAUUAAACCCAUUUCACGAGGACUUGGAGCCUUGUCCUUGCUUUGAGGAAGCAGUGGCUUGUUUCAAGAAGCCACUUCUGAUCUAAGAAUCUACCCAGCAUGCCUAAUCAAGGAGAAGACUGCUAUUUUUUUUUCUAUUCUACAUGUACCAAAGGUGACAGCUGCCCAUUCCGUCACUGUGAAGCUGCACUAGGAAAUGAAACUGUUUGCACAUUAUGGCGAGAAGGGCGCUGUUUUCGACGGGUGUGCAGGUUUCGGCACAUGGAGAUUGAUAAAAAACGCAGUGAAAUUCCUUGUUAUUGGGAAAAUCAGCCAACAGGAUGUCAAAAAUUAAACUGCGCUUUCCAUCACAAUAGAGGACGAUAUGUUGAUGGCCUUUUCCUACCUCCGAGCACAACUGUGCCUGAGUCACCAGAAGAGGAAGUGAAGGCUAGCCAACUUUCAGUUCAGCAGAACAAAUUGUCUGUCCAGUCCAAUCCUUCCCCUCAGCUGCGGAGCGUUAUGAAAGUAGAAAGUUCCGAAAAUGUUCCUAGCCCCAAGCAUCCACCAGUUGUAAUUAAUGCUGCAGAUGAUGAUGAAGAUGAUGAUGAUCAGUUUCCUGAUGAAACCAAAACACCUACCCUGCAACCAACUCCUGAAGUUCACAAUGGAUUACGAGUGACUUCUGUCCGGAAACCUGCAGUCAAUAUAAAGCAAGGUGAAUGUUUGCAUUUUGGAAUAAAAACUCUUGAGGAAAUUAAGUCAGAGAAAAUGAAGGAAAAAUCUAAGAAGCAAGGUGAGGGUUCUUCAGGAGUUUCCAGUCUUUUGCUCCACCCUGAGCCUGUUCCAGGUCCUGAAAAAGAAAAUGUCAGGACUGUGGUGAAGACAGUAACUCUCUCCACCAAACAAGGAGAAGAACCCUUGGUUAGAUUGGGUCUUACUGAGAGACUGGGGAAACGAAAAUUUUCGGCAGGCGCUGACAGUGAUCCUCCAUUAAAGCGUAGCCUGGCACAGAGGCUAGGGAAGAAAGUUGAAGCUCCGGAAACUAACACUGACGAAACACCAAAGAAAGCUCAAGUUUCCAAGUCUCUUAAGGAGCGAUUAGGCAUGUCAGCUGAUCCAAAUAAUGAGGACGCAACAGAUAAAGUUAAUAAAGUUGGUGAGAUCCAUGUGAAGACAUUAGAAGAAAUGCUUCUUGAAAGAGCCAGUCAGAAACAUGGGGAAUCGCAAACUAAACUCAAGACAGAAGGACCUUCAAAAACUGAUGAUUCUACUUCAGGAGCAAGAAGCUCCUCCACUCUCCGUAUCAAAACCUUCUCUGAGGUCCUGGCUGAAGAAGAACAUAGGCAGCAGGAAGCAGAGAGACAAAAAAGCAAAAAGGAUACAACUUGCAUGAAGCUGAAGACUGAUAGUGAAAUUAAAAAAACAGUAGUUUUGCCACCCAUUGUUGCCAGCAAAGGACAAUCAGAGGAGCCUGCGGGUAAAACAAAGUCCAUGCAGGAGGUGCACAUGAAGACGCUGGAAGAAAUUAAACUGGAGAAGGCACUGAGGGUGCAGCAGAGCUCUGAGAGCAGCACCAGCUCCCCGUCUCAACAUGAGGCCACUCCAGGGGCAAGGUUGCUGCUGCGAGUCACCCAAAGAACAUGGAGGAAAGAAGAGAAGAUACUUCAGGAAGGAAAUGAAGUUGAUUUUCAGAGCCGUAUUAGAAUGGAAGCUACAGAGGCUUCAGUUGAGACCACAGGAGUUGACAUCAGUAAAAUUCAAGUCAAGAGAUGUGCGACCAUGAGAGAGAUGCGCAUGCGGAAACAGCAGGAGAGGGAAAAAUCAGUCUCGACACCUCUUCGGGGAGAUGUAGCCUCUUGCAAUACCCGAGUGGCAGAGAAACCAGUGCUCACUGCUGUGCCAGGAAUCACAUGGCACCUGACCAAGCAGCUUCCCACAAAGUCAUCCCAGAAGGUGGAGGUAGAAACCUCAGGGAUUGCAGACUCAUUAUUGAAUGUGAAAUGGGCAGCACAGACCUUGGAAAAAAGGGGUGAAGCUAAACCCAAAGUGAACGUGAAGCAAUCUGUGGUUAAAGUUGUGUCAUCCCCCAAAUUGGCCCCAAAACGUAAGGCAGUGGAGAUGCACCUUGCUGUCACUGCCGCUGUGAAGCCACUCAGCUCCAGCAGCGUCCUACAGGAACCCCCAGCCAAAAAGGCAGCUGUGGAUGCUGUUGUCCUGCUUGUCUCUGAGGACAAAUCAGUCACUGUGCCUGAAGCAGAAAAUCCUAGAGACAGUCUUUUUUUCUUUUUCUUUUUCUUUUUCUUUUUUCUUUCUUUCUUUUUUUUAAUAUACUAUUCCUCACCCCCGGAGGCGUCUGGCCCUUCCUCAUCCCAAAUGAGCAUGAAAACUCGUCGACUCAGCUCUGUCUCAACAGGAAAGCCCCCACUCUCUGUGGAGGAUGAUUUUGAGAAACUAACGUGGGAGAUUUCAGGAGGCAAAUGGGAAGCUGAGGUUGACCUGGAUCCUGGGAAAGAUGAAGAUGACCUUCCGCUUGAGCUAUGA